AUAUGGCGUUGUUCAAUUAAAUAUGGCCGACCAUUGUCUUUUUAUGUACAGACACUUUCCAGUGUUUUAAAGAAAAAGGUAUCGCAAAGUGAAGAUAUAAAUAUUGAAUAAUUAUUACUCAAUCUCAAAAUAUUUCUAGUGUGGUGGUAAUUCAUAGUUUUUGCAAUAGUUUUGAUAGUCCUCAUUAAAAUUCAAAAAUAUUUAUGAUCAAAGUAGUUCAACCUGUUUGAUGUUUGAUGGUAUCUGAUCUUCUAGUAAAUGAGCAUAUAAAUCUUAAAAAAUCACGUAAUAACUAUGAAUCAUGAGUCUUCCACGUUCCAAUGACGAAAUAUUCAUAUACAUUAAUACAUCAAUGGUUAUUUGACUUGCAAUUUAUUAAUUGUUAGAACGACAAAUAAAGAUAUAAAUAGCCAUGAUGUUUUGACACUUCAUCAAUGAUGAAUGGAAAACAGAUGUUUCUUUAUAUUUAUUUGUAUUUUAUUAUAUAUUUUGAUUCUGUAUGCUUUGGAAUAUGUCAUCGAAAUUCUUCGAAAAAUUCUUUAUCUGCAUAUGAUAUACAUUCCUUAGCAGAAGAAGAAAUAUGUCAUCCUCUUCGUAGAAAAUUAAAACCACUAACUAUAAAUACGAAUGCUAUUAUGAUUCGACCAAAUAAUGUUUUCGAUAGUUGGACGUAUCGUACAACUGAUUUAUAUUGUAAAUUCAAGAUAAAAACAGAAGGACGUCGCAUUAUGGCUGUAAUACAAAAUUUAUCUUUUCGCCAAGUUCGUGGCGAGUGUUUGGAUUAUAUCAAGUUUCGUAGAAAAUAUCAUAAUGAAACCGGAAAAUUUUGCGGACAAUUCGACGGAUCAAAAAUAGAUUUCUAUUCUAAUCAACAAUUAGGUAGAAUGUUAACUCUCGAUGUAACAUCCGAAUUUGAAGGAGAAAUAGAAACAGUAAUAUUUGUUUCCAAAGAACCUCUUAAACCUAGUGAUCAACCUUUAGAUAUUACAAUUACAUAUACUCCAUAUAGAGACUGUACUACAGGAUUUCAUGAACGACUUGGUGAUAUAAGUUUACGACAUAGGUUGCCGACCUAUUGUAUCUCAGAUACUUAUAAUUGUGAUGGAUACCGAAAUUGCAUUACAGAUUACUGUAGUGAUGAAAAUAAUUGCUUUAAUGACGUACAUAACAACGGUACAGGGGCUAAAGUAACAGUAGCUGCAGUAACAAGUAUUGUUCUUUGUUUUAUAAUAUUUUUAAUGAGUCUUUGGAUAUGUAGACGACAUAAAAAGUUAUGCUGGUCUUCCGAUUGUGCAGGCCCUAUACUAGAAAAUAAUACUUAUUCGAAUACAAAUCAUGAGCCGGGAAUUAUUUCUGAACAACCAGUUUCCUCAGCACCUAUGCUUCAUGUGAGUGGUGUUUCAACUGCACUUGAUAAGGACUUACCUCCUAGUUAUGAAUCAUUAUUUCCUGAAAAUCAAAAUUCAACUUCCAUCUAAUUUUAAGAUUUGAUGAUCAAUUUUUUAUAUUAA